UUCUUCAACUAAAACUGAAUCAAUUAAAGUCUACUUUUAAACAAGUAGAUGAAGUGGACCCAACCUUCUAGUUCAUGUGCUGAAGUGGGUGAGAUAUGAUCACUGGAUCACAGGUUCAAGAAAGGAGGUGGGCAAAAACAAACAACAGCAAAAACAAGUAGAAUGAAGUGGUGUAUAUUGAGCUACCAAUCAAAACAGUGUGUUUGGCUAUUAUAGAUGCAGCCAACAAAAAUAAAAAUUGGACCGAAACCCAUUGUUUGGCAUGAAACACGAGCAAGUAAGAAAUCGUCACAUUGUUCAUUCUCAAAAAAUCUUACUUCCUAAGCAAAGAAUAGCCACGUAUGCGUAAUCCGAGAGAUAAAAGAAAUUCGAAACGCCUUAAAUUCCCCCACCGUAGUGGGAGAAAUUUCCCUGGUAUUAUUAAACAACCCACCGACAUCUUCUAGUCGUUCCACUUCCACGCAGUAAGAACAUCCAACUCUACUCACUGCUGAAAAAUUCGCAAUGGACCUCCGAGAAUCGAUUAGAAACCAAAACGACGUCUCUUUGAGCAUCACCAAGGGUCUUCUGCUUACCGAAGGCAAGGACUCCAAUGUGGUCUACUCGCCUUUGUCCCUUCAUGUGGUUCUGAGCCUGAUCGCUGCUGGCUCCAGUGGGCCCACACUCCAUCAGCUGCUCUCCUUCCUCAAGUCCGAGUCCAGCGACCAACUCAACUCCUUCGCUUCGGAGCUCGUCGGCGUCGUAUUUGCCGACGGGAGUCCCUGCGGUGGGCCCCGUUUGUCGUUUGCCAAUGGUCUUUGGGUCGACAAGUCUCUUACUCUCAAGCCUUCUUUCAAAGAGGUUGUGGACACUGCUUACAAGGCCGCUUUGAACCAAGCUGAUUUCCAGAAUAAGGCUUCUGAAGUGAUCCGUGAAGUGAAUUCAUGGGCUGAGAAAGAGACUAGCGGCCUUAUCAAACAGGUUCUUCCAGAUGGUUCAGUUGACCGCACAACCGUGCUCAUCUUUGCAAAUGCAUUAUACUUCAAAGGAGCCUGGAAUGAACCAUUUGAUGCAUCAAGCACAAAAGACUAUGACUUCCACCUUCUCAAUGGCAGCACCGUCAAGGCACCCUUCAUGACCAGCAAAAAGAGGCAGGUUGUUGGUGACUUUGAUGGUUUCAAAGUCCUAAAACUUCCUUAUAAACAAGGUGAGGACAAGCGUAGUUUCUCAAUGUAUUUCUUUCUUCCAGAGGCUAAAGAUGGGCUACCAGCUCUGGUUGAGAAAUUGGGUUCUGAAUCUGGGCUCCUAGAGCGUUAUCUUCCAUCUGAACAAGUUGAAGUGGGCGACUUCAGGAUUCCAAGAUUUAAAAUUUCAUUCGGUUUUGAAGCCUCCAAAACCCUGAAGGGUUUAGGACUGGUAUUGCCUUUCAGUGGAGGUCUGACAGAGAUGGUGGACUCCCCUGCUGAUAAUGACCUGUAUGUUUCAAGUAUAUUCCAUAAGUCAUUCAUUGAAGUUAAUGAAGAAGGCACAGAAGCUGCAGCUGCUUCCGCCGGUGUUAUAGCGGUGAGGAGUCUGAUUAAAAUCGACUUUGUUGCUGACCAUCCAUUCUUGUUCGUGAUUAGAGAAGACAUGAGUGGGACAAUUCUGUUCACAGGCCAUGUGAUUGAUCCCCUUGCAGGCUGAUAGUAUCUACCUGUUGCCUAAAUUUGUAAUAUAAUAAGGCUUAUAACAGCAUAUAAUAAGGCUUAUGACAUUAUAUAGACUAUCUUUUUCGCAAGUCAUUAUAUAUAUAUAUAUAUAUAGACUAUUCAUGUGCUGUAUUUGGCUAUUGCUGACAGGAAAUGUUUAAUGUGAGUUUCAGUAUUUUAAUAUUUUAUUAUUAUUAUUUACGUGGCUCGCGCCAAAUUUUUAAAAUCGUAA